CCUGGUAGGUUGACUGACAACCUGAACCAGAUUGCAGGCACUGGUUACAGUUUUUCUUGAGUGGGCAGCCUGAUGAUACUCAGCUUUCAACAACUUUUAUUACUCUAUUUAACGAAAUGGGCCACAAUUCUGAGAAUUGCUCUGAUGACUUGGAUACAUUUUGGGAUGAGUAAAACAUGUGUGCCGUGUUUUACAUUCACAGCAUCCGAUUCGACCAGGUAAACUCGACAUGCUGCAACGAUUGUCUUUAUUUUAAAUCCAGUUUCGAUGUAGCUUCGUUUUUAUCAGUGCACAGCGCGCACUUGUGGUCUACAAACAAAUCUUAUUUUCGAUCAGGGUACGAAUUUAGUCCACACUGUGGCAGGCAUGACAAUGGGGGAGCAGCGGAAAGACCGUAUGCCGCGCAGAGCUUCAAUAACGGGAGCUUCGUGAAAUGCCAACCCUGUUUUCGCUGCCCUCCAAAUCAUCAAAGGCUGUCCGAAUGCAAUGCACCGACAGACACGCAAUGCUGCGUAGCGAGGGACCAGACAGGCUGUUGGAAAUGUGCCCUGAAUACCACGGUCCAAUGGUCAACAACAUUAAGGGUCCAAGUGUCAACAUCAAAUCCCACCACAGUCAAACACAUUGAUCCAAGAUUACAUGGUGAUUCUGCAACUUCACAUGUCAACCAUCAGACUGCAUAUAAGGAGAAUAAGCCAUGCUUUAAGGUCAGCCUUAAAGACUGCCUCCCAUCAGACAAUAUCCUGUAUACCAACCAACAUUCACGGAGCAAUAAGACAACAGCAGCUGUCAAUGAAGAGGUUGCUCUGCUACAGUCAGAGACCAGGUGCCUAGAGGACAUUUUGAGUUCUGACCUCCAGUCUGCGAUACUGCAGACGGUUCUGGACAACCUGGAUGUUCUAGAGGAGCUUGUGAUCCUGCUGGACCCGGAGAGCCCUGGGGUGAAGAACACCAGCCACCUAGCAUCUCGCUGCUCCUUCCCCGCCACCUGGAUUACCUACACCUACUCCCUGAGGGAGAGCAAGAGCCCCCUGAGGGCCGUGCUGGAGGGGGUCACCACCAAACACCCAGAGUGGACUGUAGGACACCUGGCCAGGUUGCUGAGAGAGAUGGACCGGAACGACACAGUGGUGGUGCUCACCAAGCUCAGCUUGCUUAAGGUGUUCUAGUCUGGGUGUGUUCUGUGUUGGGUCCGGAAGAGAUGGCUCCAUCCUGAUACAACUGCGAGUCUCUACCCCCUGCCAAGGCACUGAGAUAUAACAGGAGGGCCAGUAGGAGGCAUGCUUUUCUUGGGGACCCCAAAGCCCCAAGGCAGUGAUUGGGAACACUUGCAUUAGGGUUCAAGUAAGAUAUUUAACAUGGCACUUAUCACUUAAAGCAGGGAUGUUAAUCCCGGUGUCCUGAAAAAAAUGGAGCUACACACUCUAGGUUAGUAUAUUAUUGCAUCUGAGCUCCUAAUAACCAACGUUUCGACAGACAAGCUGUCUUCAUCAGGGUAUAAUGACAAACACUGUGGGGUGACUAGUUUAUAUUGUGUCAAAGGACACACACACACAAGUGUCUGUAAUCAUGACCGUGUGUGGCUUGAUAUCAUUGGUUAAUUUUCAGAUAUAAAUAGAACAUACAUGAAUGGAUAGCAUACAAUCAUAGAUAACAUUUUGCUACAUAGGCCUACAAACAUUUAUAAUGAAUAGCAAGAUCACAGUAAUGGUUUCAGAUCAAAGUCUACGUUGAGACCUAGGGGAGCAAGGGUCUUUAAAGUAAAGAUCCAGGCAGCCUCUCGUUUUAACAAAUUGUCGAGGUCACCCCCUCUCCUUGGGAGAGGUGCCGAUAUAACGUAGGGACGAAAUCGAGUGUUCAUUUUUACCACAAGGGCAAGUUUAACUGCGAUAACAUGGCACUUAUCACUUAAAGCAGGGAUGUUAAUACCGGUGUCCUGAAAAAACUAAUUAAAAAGGCAGACUAACUAAACGGAGCACAGAGCACAAAAUCUUUCCCUCAGCCAUUACAUGCGGAAACGGUCAGAAAAGUUAGGGGACUGGGGCACAGUUGUAAGAUAAAUAACUGCUUUAGCAGAGCACGUGAUAACACCUUUGAUCGGGAUCGGUUUCCCUGUUUGGGGGUGUUUAAAGGAUCUACAUUUGUGACAUUGUAUUGAGCGCAGCUGUUACACUUGUAGUCUCCAUCCGGUAGAGGUGCUAAUAGACAUUGUGCAGGAGUAUUUUGGGGUGGUAAAUAAGUUCACCAAUUGAUCAGAUUUCUGCCCCGUGAAAAUAUGACCAAGGGAGGCUCCGAAAACACAAUACCGAUAGUGUCAUCGGAUCGUAGAAUGUGGCAAUGUUUGUGAACGAUUUCCAUAAUUUGUUCAGAGCACUUUAAAUGAGGGGUAGUGAGGAUGCAAGAAUGCUUCUUUUUGCGAGACUGUCCUUGAAAGAAAUUAAGGGACAUUUUGUUUUUGACAUUCUUAUCUAAUUUCUGUGUUCAUGCAAGUGGCUGACUGGACAAAUCACACCAAUGAGUAGCUGCAAUUUGGCAGUAGGCCCAGACCGUGUUUUGAGAACAAACGAAAGAUCUGUUUCAAGGUAUCAGCUUAGAGAAAGAAUCCUUGUGAUGUGUUGGUCUGUCACAUUAUGAAACCGUAUUGGUGGGUAACAUGGAUGAAACAAAACGGUAAUGAUGAAUGAAUUAUGCCAAAUCAUGCAAAUAUAACUUGUCUUAUAUACGGCUAUACACAGACAACGGUUGGGACUGCUAAGUUUUUCUGACAGACAUGUGUACUAUGCUGCAUUUAGUUGGUUGGAACCUCUCCAGCACGCUGACAAAUAAACAAUUAUUCAGUUAAGAUUGAGUGUCCCUGUGUAAGAAUUAGUUAUGGAUUUUUGUACCCCCUCUCCAAUAAUUAUUUUUGCAUCUCAGCCAUAUCUGUCAAUCUGUCGACAGAAUUGGCUGUAGGGCAAACUGUAUUUCAUGGGAAGCGGGUGACAGCUAUCAGCCCUAAAACUGUUAUGAUCAAUAGGUUUCCUGUAAAGAUCAGCAUAUAGGACAUUAUCCUCACACAAAAUCAGAAGAUCAAGGAAACUGAUUUGAUGUGCGUGACAGAUGUGUGUCAGAUCUCAGGCGCUCAGAACAAGUGUUAAGUUCCCAACCUGGCCCUCACAAUCAUUUAUCUUAUGUCAAAUGUAAUAUCACCAACCAAUGAUAUUGCUGUAUUUAUACAUUGCUUGUUAUAUAAAUGUCAUAUUAGCAUUUGUUUAAUUCAAUUUUCAAAUGAUCAACUCCAAUUUGUUCAAACAU